AUGUGUUGCUGCGGUGGAGUACAUUACAAAGCUUUAAUGAAAAAAAACUACAUUAUAUGGAAGAGAAAUUGUUGUGGUUCUUGUUGUGAACUACUCGUCCCUAUUUUGAUAGCUCUUUUAUUCAUUGUCUUCAGAAGAAACUUGACAAGAACAAAUAUAGAUGACACUUCUUAUAUCUAUCAUUAAAAUUAUCUAUAUUCAUCUCCUGUACCUAAUAAAAAUGAUUACAAUGAACUAAAACCGGAUAUGAUCAAUUGUUGGACUAGAUCAAAGAACGAUAGUCCUAGAUAUAGAGAUGGAAGCGUAUUUUUGAUUCCUGGAAAUGACCCUGUAGUUUAAAGAUUACAAACCAUUAUGUCUUCAUAUGUUUCACCAUAAGGAAAUAUGUUUACCUUCAAUUCAAACUAUAACACUUUAGAUGAUUUUAACAACUAUAUUACUGGAGAUAAUUACAAUGAGGAUGUAUGCUUUGCUGUUAGUAUUGAAAAGUAAUCAACAGGAAUAUACAAUACAAGAUUGAUGUUUAACACAACUGGAAAUUAACCAGAUUAGCAUGAUAUUCCUGAUACAUUAGGGCCAGAAGUUAUAGAUUAUAAGCCAUAAUAUAAAGAUACAUUUUAUGAUCCAUAUUUUACUUACGGGUCUCUAUAGGUAAAGACAUGGAUAGAUAAUGCGCUUCUAUAAGUACUGAGCAACAACAAUAAUGCAAAAAUAGACAUUAGUAUUUCGCCAUUAAAAUAACAUGCGUAUGUAGAUGAUACGUUGGCGAGCGUAAUGUAAGGAAAUAUGGCAACAUUUUUAGUACUUCCUCUUAUUGUUGUCUUUUUAAGAAUGAGCAGUACAAUUAUGACAGAAAAAGAAAAGAAAAUUAGAGAAGGUAUGAGAAUUAUGGGUAUGUAGGAUACUCCUUUUUACUUAUCAUGGAUAUCUUGGUAUAUGAUCAUCUACACAAUUAUUUCUAUUAUAGUAACUUUAAUUUUGAAAGGAUCAGUGUAUAAAAAUAGUGAUAUCACACUUAUCUUUGUAUGGCAUUGGCUUUUCUCAAUGACUUUAAUAGCACAAAGUCUGUUUAUCACUACAUUCUUUACAAAUGCUAAGUUAGGAAAUAUUGUUGCAAUGGUAUUCUAUCUAUUCAUGUAUAUGUUCAAAUUCAUUAUUAGUUCUAAUAGUGAUGCUACUGAGUAAGCUAAUAAUACGGCAGCUCUAGCCUCUUAAACAGGUUUGUCCCUCGCUUCAGAUGUGUUUUUACUUGUAGAAACAGAAGGUGUAGGUAUUGGAUGGGGAGAUCUUGGAAAAGAAGUAAACAACUUUAGAGUUGGAACAUCAAUUGGUUUGUUUAUUUUUAACUUUGUUUUCUUCAUGCUAUUAGCUCUAUACUUUGACUAAGUUAUACCCAAUGAUUUUGGUAAAAAGAGACAUCCACUAUUUUUCAUUACUUGGAUGUGCAAAAAGAGAAAGGAAUAAACUAAUUUUGAUUAAGAGGAAAAUGCAAACCUAAAUAUAAAAGAUAAUAUUGAAGAUGUUCCUGCUGCUUUAAGGCAAUAAGAAAAUUAGCAAGAAGUACUCAAAAUGAAUAGUGUUUAUCGUGUAUAUCCUAAUGGCAAAAAGGCAGUUAGUAAUUUAUCUCUAACGAUGUAUAAGAAUUAAAUUUUCUGCCUUCUUGGACAUAACGGCGCAGGUAAGACUUCAACUAUAUCUAUGCUAACAGGUAUGUUAGAGUUCAGUUAAGGUAAUGCUGAAGUAUUUGGUAAAGAUAUUGAAUCAGAAAUGCCAUAAAUUCGUUAAUUUAUGGGAGUUUGUCCUCAACAUGAUAUUCUUUUCCCUGAUUUAUCAGUAAAAGAACAUUUAGAAUUAUUUGCAGUUUUUAAAGGAAUGGACUCAAAAGAAAUUCCUUCAGCAGUAGAAAAUGCAAUUAGAGAUGUAGAUUUAUAGGAAAAGGCUAACGAGCUCAGUAAAAAUUUGUCUGGAGGUUAAAAAAGAAGACUUUCUGUUGCUAUUGCAUUUAUUGGUGGAUCUAAAUUAAUUUAUUUGGAUGAACCUACUUCUGGUAUGGAUACAUCAGCUAGAAGAUAUAUCUGGGAUAUGCUUAAAAAGUUUAAAAAUGAUAAAAUUAUAGUCCUUACAACUCACUUUAUGGAUGAAGCUGAUUAUCUUGGUGAUAGAAUUGGUAUUAUGGGAGAAGGAAGACUAAUUUGUUGUGGUUCAUCAGUAUUUUUGAAGAAUAAGUUUGGAGUUGGUUAUAAUUUGACAAUUGUAAAGACUAGCACAGAUGUAUCAUCUGAUCCUAUCAUUAAUACUGUUAUGAGUAUAAUUCCUACAGCAAAUAAAAUUUCAGAUGUUUCACAAGAAAUUGCUUUCUAACUCCCAAUGAAUACAGUAUCCUAAUUCGAAAAAUUGUUUUCCACUUUCGAUAACUAGCUUCAAUCUUUAAAAAUAUCUACUUAUGGUAUAUCAAUUACUACAUUAGAAGAAGUCUUCUUAAAAGUAGCUCAUGAAAAUUCCUCUGAAAAAUAAAACGAUUUUAUAAAAGCUGAUAAAAAGUCAAGGGUAAGCCCUUCAAACGAAGAACAUGGUGACAAUCAUGCUAAAAAAUAAGAAGAAAUGGAAAUUCCACUCAACGAUUAAAACAUUGAUAACUUUGAUCUAAAUUCAGUCAGAAUACAAAAUCCCAUAAAAUUAUUCUUCGCUCACUAUUUUGCAAUUAUUGUAAAAAGAGCAUUGUAUUUCAAGAGAGAUUUAAGAGGUUUCAUCUGUGAAGUAUUCCUUCCAUGCUUAAUGGUUGUCGUUGGUCUUUCAAUUAUGCUAAUAACAUUUAUAAGAGAUUCACCAGCUCAGCUUAUCACUCCUGAUCUAUAUGGUAACAUGCUUAUGAAUUAUGGCGCAAGUGGAUCAGUAGCUUAAUCAGAUUUAACUAACCUCAUUAAUUUACUACCAACUUAGCUUACUUAGAAAUCCUAAUAAGUUUCUAACAGCAUGGAUGCCUGGGACUAAUCUAGCUUUAAUGAUAAAUAAUUGAGUAGAAAAGGUGCUUAUUGGGUUAACUAAACAGAUAAUUUAAAUUAAGUAUAUAAAUAUUACUCACAAGUCUAAACUAUUUCAAGAAGCUCACCUUUGUAUUUCGUAAGCUUUAUGAAUUAGGCUAUCAUUAACUUAGCUACUAAUUAAAAAAAUAUUCAAAUUACCACAAUCAACUAACCUCUAAGAUUAACAGCAAAAACAAAAAGUUUGAAAGGUACAGCUGAUGGUAUUGUAUCAGCUUUUAUGUUCUCAAUUGGUCUGUCUUUCAUCCCUGCAUCUUUGAUAACUUUUAUUGUAAAGGAAAGAAAUGACAUGGUCAAACAUCAGCAUUUAGUUUCUGGUGUCUCUUUAAACUCUUAUUGGGGAGCUAAUUUCACAAUUGACAUCCUUAAGCAUGCAUUCCCUGCCGUAUUUUGUAUGCUGAUGGUUCUAGCUUAUAAUAUUGAUGCGUUUACGUAGUAUUAGAGUGAUUAUUCAGCAAUUUGUCUACUUUUUAUUUUAUAUGGAUGGGCUAUUAUACCAUUUAGCUAUUUGACUUCAUUCAUCUUUAAAGAUUAUGGUACAGCAUAAGUUACUAAUUUCUUUAUUCACUUUAUUAUGGGAGCUGUCGGUCCCUUGGUUAUAUUUAUCUUGAGAAUUAUAGAUAGCACCCAUAAUGUUGGUCUAGGAUUAGGUUGGGUCUUCCGUCUUAUACCAUCCUUCGCAUUUGGAUACGGUGUAUUGAAUGUAGGUUCAAGAAAUUUAUACUCCUAAAAAGAUAAAGUUAAUUAUUAAACUUUUGAUUUAAAUAUCUGUGGUGGUGAUAUACUCAUGCUAUGUAUAGAAGGUGUUUUCUACAUUUUAGUUGUGGCUUUUCUUGAAUAUGCUUCACAUAAAAAAGGAUUAUCAUAAUACAUGACUGGUGAAAAUAAAGUUCCUUAUGUUGAAAAAGAAUAUGAUGAUGAUGUGCAAAAAGAAAUGGAAACAAUUGCAAAAUCUUCUCCUAGUGAUUAUACUGUCAGAGUAAAAGAUCUUAGAAAAGUAUUUGUUCCUGCUAAAGAUAGAAUUAAAGUAGCUGUUGAUAGAGUCUCUUUUGGUAUCAAGUAAGGAGAAGUAUUUACUCUUCUUGGUGUAAAUGGUGCAGGUAAAACAACUACUUUUAAGAUUUUAUCAGGAGAAAUUCUCCCUACAAGCGGCGAAGCCCAUAUUGCAGGAUACUCUGUGUAGAAUGAACUCGCAUAGGCACGUUAGAAUAUAGGGUAUUGUCCUUAAUUCGAUGCUCUUUUAGAUAAUUUAACAGCCCGUGAACACUUGAAUCUAUAUGCUGCAAUCAAAGGUAUUCCAGCAGAGAUGAGAGAUGGUUUAGUAGAGAAAAAACUAGUAGAGAUGGAUCUCAAAAAAUUUGAAGGCAUUCUUGCUGGUACCUUUUCAGGAGGAAAUAAAAGAAAACUUAGUGUUGCUAUUGCAAUGCUUGGUUAACCCUCAAUUGUUUUCUUAGAUGAACCUUCUACAGGUAUGGAUCCAGUAGCAAGAAGAUUCAUGUGGACAGUUAUUUCACGUAUUUCUACUGUGAAUAAAUCAUCUUCAAUCAUUCUUACUACUCACUCCAUGGAAGAAGCCGAAGCACUUUCAACAAGAGUUGCUAUCUAAGUAGAUGGUGUUCUACAAUGCUUAGGAACUAUUUAAGAAAUUAAGCAUAAAUUUGGUAAGGGUUAUGAAGUAGAAGUCAAGAUUCAAAAACCAACCAACGAGGAAAUAACUUAGCUUGCAUAAAGAGGUGGUAUUUAAAGCUUAAAUAUUAGAAUUGGACCCUAAGAUUUAAUGAAUGUACUUCAAAGAUUGGGAAGCACUGAGUUAUUCUCUACCAUAGCAGAAAAUCAAACUGGCCACAUCCUUUAUAAAGAAAUGAACUCACCUAAUGGACUUUCUAUCGAAUUAUUAAUGGAAUAUGUUUACAUUGAAAAUCUCGGUAAUAAAAUUAUGAGUUUUAUCAAUAGUACCUUUGGUAAUUUUGACAUUAUUGAGCACUUAGCAGAUUUUUAUAGAUUCCGUAUUGAUACUCAUAUUUCGAUUGGUAAAAUAUUUGGUGAAUUUGAAAAGAAUAAAGCUGCUUUAAAAAUAUCUGAGUACUCUCUUAAAUAAGCAACCAUUGAAUAAAUAUUUAAUAUGUUUGCUGAAGGAAAAAUAGGUAUUAACUAACACUUAAAAAGAUAAUCUGUUAUUAGAAAGAACUCUUACUAACAAGCUCAACGCCGCUAGUCAUAAUAACAAUAAAAUCAAUUACCCAUUUAAUAGUAAGGAAGUAGAAAACACAAUGAUAUUGAAAUGCAGUAUGUUUAAAAUAGCAAUCAAUGA